ACGAGACGCGUUCAAAGUUCGAAACAAACAUAUUUAGGGACUGGGGAGCAAAGCCGAAUGAUUGUCAUUUAGAAAUCGUAUCGAGAACAAUGAAGUCCGUUCUGAUUUUCAUCGCCGUCGUUUGCUCCGUCUCUGCGCUUCCAAGCGGGCGCAUCAAUGAGGGAACUCUAGCCGAGCCUGGAAACUAUCCGUACGUGGUUUCUAUUACUGAGAACGAUCGCCAUAUCUGUGGUGGUUUCAUCUACAGUGCAAGAUGGAUCGUCACUGCGGCUUCUUGUGUUGAAGGGAAAACACCGAGCACACUGAGAGUCGUAGCUGGCCAAGUAAGCGCAAUCAAUCUUGAUCCUAACGAGCAGACGGUUUCCGUGUACACCGUCACCAUUUUCCCGCAAUACGACAGCGAUUUAAAGCUGAACGACAUCGCUCUCCUGAAGCUUACUGCGGACAUUAACAUGGAUGGCGAAAACGUUGAUUUUGUUGGUUACAACGAAGCAGUUAAUGGCGUAGACGCAGAAAUCAUGGGAUGGGGUGCUACGUUCGAAGGAGGAUUCGAAUCCGUUAACCUUCGCUAUGCGACAGCCUUCAUCAAUGUUAAGGGUGCCGGCGAUCUUUGUGGCACUUUUGAUACUACCGCAUUUAAUUUCGCGACCAUGAUUUGCGCUUCGACUGUCGCUGAUCCUCCACCUGCACGGGCUGUCGGAUCACCUUGCAAGUACGACGAGGGAUCGCCUCUAGUUCAAAAACUCGGUACCGACAGCGUUGCGACUGUUGUUGGUAUUUUAUCCAAGAGUGACGAUUGCUCGUUGGAUACAGCGGUUAGCGUUUACACGCGCGUCUCCAUCUUCUACUCAUGGCUGAUCAACACAGCCGGUCAACAGCCAGUUAGAACGACGACACUGCACCCACAACAACAACUAUCGACCCCAAUGGUAAAAAAUAAGACUGUACAUAGGGAUUUUUAUGCGAAACCAUCUCUUAGCAGAUGUCUUUCAAUACCGCUAGCGAAUUCGAUCUACGACGUCGUUGGCAAACAUAUUUUGGACAUGAAUAAACACGUUUAAAACCUUCCAUUAAAAA